CUCUCUCUCUCUGUCUUCAAAACUUAACAGUUAAAAUCUUCUUCUUCUUCUUCUUCUUCUUGAUCUUCUUCCUUAUUUUUGGGUCUCUCUUAUCCAGAUAUUAUUAUCAGCAUCCCAUUACAUAAACAUCGAACCUUUUAAACUUUUCAAUAUUCUUUUCCAUCAUUCACGUUUCCCCCUCUUGUGCCCAAUUCUUAUCUGGAUCAGAUUUCUCAUUCCUUAAUUCAAAGAUUUCGUUUUUAUUUUUCCUUCUGUGACUUGGGUUUUUGUUUUACUCUGUAUCCGAAUCACAAAGUUUUCCUCUUUUUCUUUUCCGGCGGAAAAAAUUCUUACUUUCUCAAGGGAAUUUGAAUUUGGAGCUGUUCUUAGUUCAAAAGCAGCUGAUCCUGCAGACUGAAUUUGUAUUGAUCGUAGAUGAGACCAAUCAUUAGAUCAUCAUCUCUCAGUAGAAUUAGAUGGGCUUUGAGGAACAACAAUCAAGAACGCUAUGCUUCAUCUUUCUGCUCCAAAAGCCGCAACCUUUUGAUCGGUGUCAGUCAAAACCAACCUCUGGUGAAUACAACAACAAGCACUGAUUAUUCAAGUUUGUGUUCGAGGUUGAGUUUCUUGAGAGGUUUAUCAGUUGAAGCAGUUGAAGCAGCUGAUCCUGCUACCACUACUACUACUAGGCUCACCGUCUCAUCAGAUGUGAAAAGAACAGGUCCGCUUGUUGAGUAUGAGAGAAGAAUCAGUGAUGGUGAACUCAUGACUGGUGAUAUCUGCCAAAUUAGUGCAUUGAGAGAGCUUCAAAGACUACAUGAUGAGCUUGUGGAAUCAGUAGAUACAUGUCGUUUAGAUCGGUACAACACUUCUGAUAAAUUCUCAAGAAGCCGUUGGUUUUGGUCUCGGCUCAUGCCGCAGUCUUCUAACUCACCUGUCAAUGGUUUAUACCUUUAUGGAGGUGUAGGCACAGGAAAAACUAUGUUGAUGGACUUAUUCUUUGAUCAAUUGCCUUGCACUUGGAAGAAGCAGAGGAUACAUUUCCAUGAUUUCAUGUUGAGUGUUCAUAGCCGCUUGCAAAAGCACAAGGGUUUAUCAGAUCCACUUGAAGUUGUUGCCCAAGAGAUAGCUCAUGAUGCAAUCUUGCUAUGUCUAGAUGAGUUCAUGGUAACUGAUGUUGCAGAUGCUCUGAUACUUAACCGACUCUUCGGACAUCUCUUCAGCAAUGGCGUCAUUCUUGUUGCUACAUCGAAUCGGAACCCUGAUAAACUCUAUGAAGGAGGACUCCAGAGAGAUCUCUUCCUACCUUUCAUCUCCUCAUUGAAGGAACGGUGUGUGGUUCAUGAGAUUGGCUCAUCGGUUGAUUACCGGAAACUGACUUCGGCUGAGCAAGGAUUCUAUUUCAUCGGUAAAGAUCUUUCGACCCUUUUGAAACAGAAGUUCCAACAACUGAUUGGAGACAAUGUUAUUGCGCGUCCACAGGUAGUAGAAGUGGUGAUGGGAAGAAAAUUACAGAUUCCAUUAGGUGCCAAUGGAUGUGCAUACUUUCCUUUUGAAGAGUUAUGCGAUCGACCUCUUGGAGCUGCGGAUUACUUUGGAUUGUUCAAGAAGUUUCAUACUCUUGCAUUGGAAGGGAUUCCAGUGUUUGGUCUUCAUAACCGGACUGCUGCGUAUAGAUUCGUCACGCUAGUCGAUGUGAUGUAUGAGAACAGAGCCAGGUUUUCGUGUACAGCUGAGGCAAGUCCUCAAGAACUCCUGGAAAAGAUUGUAACAAUCUCAGAUGCGAAAUCGAUGGCUCCAAGAACAUCGUCGAGAUCAAGAAAGAACGAUGUUUCUGAGCUCUGUGUGGAUAACGAAUUAGGUUUUGCAAAAGACAGAACCAUCAGUAGAUUAACAGAAAUGAACAGCAAAGAGUACUUGGAGCAGCAUGCAAUAACACAUAAUCUGUAACAGUCUAAAAGGACCGUUGAUGGUAUUUUUCAUGGGAUUUCAAUUGAAUCCUAUAAUGUAGCUUUGUUGUAUGUUCUGUAUCACACCAAAAAAACAUAUAAGAAUCAUGGAAAAGGGAAAUUUAUCCAUUGUUGUAACAUUGAAUUUUGAAUUUACAAAGAGUACUUGGAGCAGCAUGCCAUAACACAGAA